AUGGCGGCGUCCAUGUACCGCGUCGAAGACGCCAAGGUUCGCAACUUUUACUCCCCGUUUUACGGUCACGACGUCAAGGACCUGUCGGUGGCGCUCGCGGCGAUGCGACGGAGGCACGAGCGCGUCGUCUUCUUGGCCGGGGAUUCGUCGCUGGAUAACAAGUACUGGUUCGACGACGUGGCGCAGGCGCUGAACGGGUACGAGGAGUUCCUCGCGCCUCAGGUGAUGAAGAAGGACGUGUGCUACUGGAUCAACGAGCGGUGCGUCGCGGAGGGUAAAUCGAUGGGGUGCGUCAACACCGCGGUGGAGGCGACGUGCCUCAACGACCGAGCGUUCGGCAGGCUCUUGCCGCAGGAUGAGUUCAUCCGGGACAACAUCGCGCGCGACGACGUGCUGGUGGUGAGCGUCGGUGGUAACGACGUGGCGCUCCAGCCCCUGCUCUGCACGGCCAUCAAUCUCGCGGCGCUGGUGUGCUGCACUCCCACCGCGUGCCUGGAGCGUUGCGCGUGCGCGUCGCCCCCCAACCUCGGAGUGGACUUGGGAUGCCUCGGAUGCGGAUUACCAGGGUGCGUCGCGGGGACGUGUACUGGAUGGCCGCCCGGGUUCGGGUACGUGGUGGACCUGUUCAAGAACAGGGUGGAGACGUACGUGCGACGGCUGUGCGCCAAGACCAAGCCGCGCAAGGUGCUCGUGUGCGCGAUAUACUACCCCGAGGAGACGACGAGAGGCGGGUGGGCGGAUGCGUCUUUGCGAGCCAUGCGCUACGACGCCAAUCCGGGAAAGCUGCAGCUGCUCAUUCGCAAGGUGUUUACGCACGCGACGGUGAAGAUCAGGGUGCCGGGCGUGGAGGUGGUUCCCGUGCCGCUGUUCGAGGUGCUCGACAGCAGGGACCCGAGGGAUUACGAGCAGCGGGUGGAGCCGAGCGCCGGCGCGGGCGCGAAGAUGGCGGACGCAUUUCACGCAAACUUUUAG